GUGGGGCUUGGAGGCAGCGGAGGCUGCCCGGCUGCCCCGGAAGACCCCCUUCGGGACUGCGGGGCCGGUGCUCCAGGACAGGGAGGCAGGCGUCGGAGGCUGCGGCAGCCUGCGUGGGCGGACGGGCCAGCAGGCGACAGGCACUGGCGGGAUGGACCCGCAAGCCUCGCCGCUGCCCACUGACCCCAGUGCCAGCAACACCUCGGGCGGCCCCAAUAACCUCACCUUGGCUGGGCCGCGUCCUCGCACAGGGAGUGCCUCCUACAUCAACAUCAUCAUGCCUUCGGUGUUCGGCAUCAUCUGCCUCCUGGGCAUCGUGGGGAACUCCACCGUCAUCUUCGCCGUGGUGAAGAAGUCCAAGCUGCACUGGUGCAGCAACGUCCCCGACAUCUUCAUCAUCAACCUCUCGGUGGUGGACCUCCUCUUCCUCCUGGGCAUGCCCUUCAUGAUCCACCAGCUCCUGGGCAAUGGCGUCUGGCACUUUGGGGAGACCAUGUGCACCCUCAUCACGGCCAUGGACGCCAACAGUCAGUUCACCAGCACCUACAUCCUGACCGCCAUGGCCAUCGACCGCUACCUGGCCACUGUCCACCCCAUCUCCUCCACCAAGUUCCGCAAGCCUUCUGUGGCCACCCUAGUGAUCUGCCUCCUGUGGGCCCUCUCCUUCAUCAGCAUCACCCCCGUGUGGCUCUACGCCAGGCUCAUCCCCUUCCCGGGGGGCGCCGUGGGCUGUGGCAUCCGCCUGCCCAACCCGGACACUGACCUCUACUGGUUCACCCUGUACCAGUUUUUCCUGGCCUUUGCCUUGCCCUUUGUGGUCAUCACGGCUGCGUACGUGAGGAUCCUACAGCGCAUGACGUCCUCCGUGGCUCCCGUCUCUCAACGCAGCAUCCGGCUGCGGACCAGGAGGGUGACCCGCACGGCCAUUGCCAUCUGCCUGGUCUUCUUCGUAUGCUGGGCGCCCUACUACGUGCUACAGCUGACCCAGCUGUCCAUCAGCCGCCCAACGCUCACCUUCGCCUACCUGUACAACGCGGCCAUCAGCUUGGGCUAUGCCAACAGCUGCCUCAACCCCUUCGUGUACAUCGUGCUCUGUGAGACAUUCCGCAAACGCUUGGUCCUGUCGGUGAAGCCCGCGGCGCAGGGGCAGCUCCGCGCCGUCAGCCACGAUGAGGAGAGGACAGAAGAAAGCGUGUGCACCUGACGCCUCCCAGCCACCCCGGGCACCUCCGAGUCUGGAAACCACAGCAGCCCACGGGGAGGGAUGAUAAAAACCCAAGACCGCACUGGGAGAAUGCAGGGGGGCUGGGCGGUGAGGGGCUGCUGCCACCAAACACCUUCCACGGGGCCCACACAUUUCUGCGAAGGCUCCAAGCCAGGCUGAGGGCUUCAGGGGUCAGAAACCCCCUUUGGGAGAGCAGGAUGGAGUUGAACAGAAACUGAGCAAGAAAGAAAUUUUGUUUUCAAUGAUCAUUUAGGGCCCUGCAUUGGCUAGCUCCCAAAUGUCUUUUUCCCCAAGAGAAAGUUUGGUUUAAAAAUCAGGCAGGGCUAGGGUGUGAGCAGCGGGCCACAUGGAGUGUCGUGGGCCCCGGGGAGCUGGGAAGGUGGUGAGGCCUCCACGCCCUUCCACCACUCAUUGGGAGGUCGGCGGGCAGCCUUUCUCCCCAGCUGGAGGAUGACAAGAAGUGAAACAGGCCAUCUCUCCGUGUUCCAGCGUCCUGUGUCCAUUUCCCUGUACCUCUAGGGCAUGCAUGCUUAGUG